AUAAAAGCUCAUAGAGACCUAUAAAGCUAACGCAUUGGUGAGAGCAAAUUAGGAAGAAGAAAAAAGCAAGUAGUUUACAAAAAUGGAAGAAGUGAAGCUGUUAGGAGCAUGGCCUAGUCCCUUUUGUUACAGAGUCAUAUGGGCUCUAAAACUAAAGGGUGUCAAGUAUGAAUAUGUCGAAGAAAAUCUUACCACCAAGAGUGAACGUCUUUUGCAGCAUAACCCAGUUCAUAAGAAGAUCCCUGUUCUCGUUCAUGGCGGAAAACCAAUCCCAGAGUCCACUAUCAUUCUUGAAUACAUUGAGGAGGUUUGGCCACAGAACCCACUGCUUUCAGAUGAACCUUAUGAGAGGGCCAUGGCUCGGUUUUGGAUUAAGUUUGGAGAGGACAAGAGUUCAGUUUUUAUUGCAUAUUUUCAAUCAAUUGGUGAAGAGCAGGAGAAGGCAAAAAACGAAGCCCAAGAAGCGUUGAAAACAAUAGAACAUGGACUUGGAGAUCAGAAAUUUUUUGGAGGGGAGAAAAUUGGGUUGGCAGACUUGGCUUUGGGAUGGAUAGCUGGUUGGCUAGGAGCUAUGGAAGAAUCAGCUGGUUUAAAGUUGCUAGAACCAAAUAUGUUUCCUCACUUGCAAGCUUGGAUACGCAAUUUUAAAGAAGUGCCUGAGAUCAAGGAGAACACCCCUCAUCAUGAUGAAUUGUUGGCUUAUUUCAAAUCCCUAAGAGAGAGGUCCAUUGCAUCAGCAAGAUCAUAACCUAGUUUUUAAAUCGAAUUUGGCUAUUGUUAGUCGUCGUCUUCUAUAUGCACAUGAGCUCAAACAGUGAUGCAUAAUAGAUUUCGCGCGGAGUACAUCAACAGUCAGAAAUUGCUCAUGAACGCUGAAGCAUACUUUUGAAAUAUACCAUGCAUGCUUUUACUUUUCAAAUGCUAUUAGUAUAUGUUCAAUUAACUUUA